CAUCAAAAUACUAUCGAAAUUGUAGAGAGCGACGAAGAAGUGGCUCCGGUAAAACUGCUUAAAAAAAUUUAUAAUUUAACGCGAAAUCUUACUUAAAAAGUAUUCAAUUGCAUUCACUAAAUGCAAUAAAGUGCGGUUGCGUUCUAAUUCGAUACGGAAAGUGUACAAAUUCAAGAAAAUCGUUAGUUUUGUGUAAUUUUCAUCUGGACAGCAUACAUAAUAUACAUAUACGUACAAUACAUACGUGCAUACAACAGACAGACUCACACACGAACAGAUGUACACACAUAAUGUACUUUUAAAGUGUAUUAUUAUUAUUGUGAACGUCGUGUAAAGAGUGCAAUACACUUUUGCUAAAAUUUUGAAUAUUGUUUGCUGCGUGUGAAGAAAGUGCAUUUUUACAUGAGUGCUUCUGCUGCUGCUGCUUCACAAAGGGCUGGGGCCGUUGGCUGCUGCUAGGAGUUGCCUUACGUCGCCGUCUCUGCGCUGUCGUCGUUGCCGUCGCCAAAACUUUCGUCUCCGCCAAAGUAUGCAUUGGCAAGUGGAAGCAACAUGCAACAUGCAGCAUCAAAAGCUACAAGACUAACACGAACAACAUCAACAGCCACUCACCAUAAACCACAAAAGUCACAGAAACCACAACAAACGCAAACACCAUCAUCAUCAUCACCAUCAUCUAGAAGAAUAACAUAAUCAUCGUAAACAGAAUUAGAAGCAAGAACAAUUUGUUGCUAUUGCUGCUGCUCAUGCUUUGCUAUUGCUAAUUGCUGUUGUUGUCAUCCUUGUUGUUGUUGUUGCUGCCAUUUGAAGUAGAAGAAACUAUUGAAUCACACGUAGCCGUGGCCUUAACUGGCCUCAACUCUCGAUAGGAGCAGCAGCAACAGCAGCCGGGCCAACGAACGGCGAGGCCCACUGAGGAGGCCACAGUGGAAUGUUGGAAUAUCCACAGCGAUUUGCGCGCAACAUCCCCAACUCCUCCGCGGACAACAGCAGCAGCAACAACACAGCUGGGCAGUAUCCACCGCAGCUGCCACAGCAUCAGAACUAUCAGAGCACCUAUCGCUCCCAAGGACCCGGCUCUUCGCCAGCGCAUCAUCAGCGUCAAUCGUCAGCAGCGGCGCAGGCGCAGCAUCAUCGCACACUGUCGACGGCCUCCAGUUGCAGUGCCCAACACAAAAGUGUGACCUUCGGCCAGCCAGCGUCAACUGGCGACUACAGCAACGGCAGCAGCAGCGGUAACUCCAGUUGCAGUGCCGCUGGCAACGCUGGACCACAAUCAAUGGCGGGCAACAUGAAGCACGGAAAAUCUCAAGAAGACGUCUGCUAUGUGGUGGCCAAAUACGACUAUGCUGCCCAAGGCGCCCAGGAGCUGGAUUUGCGCAAGAACGAGCGCUAUCUCCUGCUCGACGAUUCUAAGCACUGGUGGCGUGUCCAGAACAGUCGCAAUCAGUCCGGCUAUGUGCCCAGCAACUAUGUGAAGAAGGAGAAGCCCUCGCUCUUCGACAGCAUCAAGAAGAAGGUGAAAAAGGGCUCCGGGUCCAAGACACUGCCCAAUUGUUCGCCGUCGCGUCAAAUCGAGAGUCCAACCAUGUCGCGUCGCCUGCCCCCAGAUCCAUCGGAGGCAAUUGGCAGCGCCAUUGUGAAGUACAACUAUCAGGCGCAGCAGCCGGAUGAGCUAUCGCUCACGAAAGGCACCCGCAUCCUCAUACUGGAGAAGUCCAAUGAUGGCUGGUGGCGUGGCCAGAGUGGCAACUCAGUGGGCUGGUUCCCCAGCAAUUACACAACCGAAGAUUGUGAUAACGAUGGCGAGAUACACACCUAUGCCAUGGCGGAGAAUGUGCUUGACAUUGUGGUUGCGCUCUACAGUUUCACGUCGAAUAACGACCAAGAACUGUCGUUCGAGAAGGGCGAUCGCCUUGAGAUUGUCGACAGGCCCGCCUCCGAUCCGGACUGGUAUAAGGCACGCAACAACCAGGGCCAAGUCGGUUUAGUUCCACGCAAUUAUCUACAAGAGUUAAACGACUACUUGGCCACGCCAUAUCGCAACACCAGCGGCAAUGCUGGCAAUGGCAACCAGCAGGCUGCUAGCAACGGUGCCAACUCCAGUGGCAACGGAGGCGAUUCCAUGGAGCGUCGCAACGAGGGCAACAACAAAUCCUCGCAACCAUCACAGCCCAUCGAGCGUCCCAAUUUGGCAGGCAAGUCGUGGUACUAUGGCGCCAUCACGCGCAGCCAAUGCGACACCGUGCUCAAUGGACACGGCCACGACGGUGACUUCCUCAUCAGAGACAGUGAGACUAAUAUGGGCGAUUACUCGGUUUCCCUCAAGGCGCCCGGACGCAACAAGCAUUUCCGUGUGCACGUCGAGCAGAAUAUGUAUUGCAUUGGACAGCGCAAGUUCCAUUCGCUGGACCAGCUCGUCGAUCACUACCAAAGAGCACCCAUCUACACAAACAAGCAGGGCGAAAAGCUAUAUUUGGUGCGCUCACUGCCAAAGGCCAAUGGCACGUAAAUUGUGAGCACAACACAACAGACGGCGGAAGCAUCUCAUGAGAAUAGCGCAUAGAAUAUUACUACUCGUAAUCUAUAAAAUAAUACUACAACAUACAAAACAAAAAAAAAACAA